AUGAGUCGACUCAAACUCUACGUCGCGGGCUCGGCCGUCAUGGCCAAUGUUGUGCUAAUGCGCGCAUACUAUGAGCGACCAAACUUCUACUCGGCCGCCGUCUACAUCUCGCAGAGCACCGGCUCUCUGAUGUUCCUGGUGAACCUCAUGCUCAUAGUCGCAGCCAGCUUUGGCUAUGGACUGCAGCGACUCUUCUACGGCCCUCUCCGCCCCAUCGAGACGGAGCAGCUAUACGACAAGGCCUGGUUCGCUGUCAGUGAGACAUUGCUAGCCAUGACCAUCUUCAGGGACGAUAUAGGCAUCUGGUUCUUCGCCAUGUUCUUGUGUUUGCUGGCUGGCAAAGUCUGGCAAUGGAUAGGAGAGGGCAGAGUAGAGUUUCUGGAACAGCAACCGCCCGCGAACCCAAAGCUCUUCCACACACGCCUGAUGAGCUCCUUGCUACUGUCCGUCGCUUUCGAUAUCUUCAUGAUGCAGUAUUGCAUCGAUUCGAUCCUCUCCGAGGCGCGCCCCGGCGUCAUGGUCAUGUUCGGCUUCGAAUACGUCCUCCUAGCCAUUGCAUCGUCAUCCACGUUUCUACGCUACGUACUCUCGCUUGUCGAAAUGUAUAUAACACAUCGCCAGGAGACGACACGGGAUGAAACCCGUACCAUCAUAGCCGAGCAAGCACGCCAACGGGCUGCGGCCGAGGGAACCGAAGUGCCUGCCGAAGUGGAAGAUGACGACGACGAUGGAGAUGUGCCCGGGUGGGAAGAAAAGGGUCGCUGGGUCUUUUAUUUAGACCUGGCAACUGACUUUGUCAAGUCGGUCGUCUACCUGGGCUUCUUCGCUAUCCUUAUGACCUUCUACGGUAUUCCUAUCCACAUCAUGAGGGACCUAUUCAUGACCAUCCGAUCCCUAAUCAAGAGGAUUCACGACUUUGUACAGUACCGAAAUGCGACUCGCGACAUGAACACACGCUAUCCGGACGCCACGGCAGAAGAGCUCGAUCGAGAAAACACAUGCAUCGUCUGCCGAGAAGAAAUGCGGCCUUGGGUACAGCCAGGUGCGGAUGGUGCGCAGCCAGGCCGAAGGAUGGACGAGCGCCAAAGACCGAAAAAGCUACCGUGUGGCCACAUCUUGCACUUUGGCUGUCUACGUAGCUGGCUCGAGAGACAGCAAGUGUGCCCCACCUGCCGAAGGCCAGUCCUCACCUCAUCCACGACUCAAAGCACCCAACGCAACAAUCAAGCAAACCAAGCGAAUCAAGGGCAACAGAGGAGAGCACAGGCGCUAGAAGCCUUGCUCGAUAUUGAUGGGCAGCGAGAUGGUCUUGGUAACCAACAAGGUCAGGGCCAGCAGGCCGCACCACAAGGCGCGCAAGCAAACCCCCCAGCAGACAAUAUGCGCGUCUUCAACUUUGGUCCCUUUAGGAUCGCCUUGGGAAACAUUCGCGUACCGCCGGGUCAGCAAGACGAUGCUGCUGUGCAAAACGCCAUGCAGCGAUUGCGCCAACAAGCCGCGAACAAUGCAAUGCCUAACCAACAGCAUCGUCCCCAGGAUCUAAUCAUGCCAGGCGUCACAUCAAACUUGCCCAUGGGCCCAAUACCUGGCGCAGUCGCACUGCAUCCGUCAGACAUCCAGUCGGACAUCUUGCGUAUACAGCAAAACAUUAUUGAAUCGAUGCGACAUCUGAACGCCCAACACGAGCAACUCGAGAUUGUCCACAGACUUCUUGCAGAGCUCCAUCGACUUCAACAGGCUUCCGGCGUGAGUGGUGCCGACUUGCCCCCCAUUGCGCCAUUGGAUGCACCGAACAUGAAUAUGUCUGCGCCACAGGCUUACCUUGCCAGAGGAUCUGUUUUGCGCCAAGGCGACGCAGGUAUUCCGGCAGGUUUGACGUUGCCAGAGGGGUGGACCCUAAGGCCCAUGGCACUAGCGCCGCGACUUGGUCAGGAAAGUGUCGCGAUGCCAACACUCUCGCAUCCAGAACAGCCAGCGCAGGAGAGUGAUUUGACACCAGCGCAACCAGCACCAGCGACAGCGACAGCGACAGCGACAGCACCAGCACCACCAUUCGCGGAUCCUGAGGCGGCGCCUUUGACGUCUACUACUGUAACUCCUCAGGUCCAACCCGCUGCCCCGGCGGCCGACCCGACUAGUUCCGAUCAGCCUCCAAAUUCAUCACCGAAACGAGCAGAGCCUAGUAGCCUUGAGUCAAGCUGGAGCUUUGGUAAUGUCGGAGAGCGGAAUGAGGCUGAAGGGUCAAGCUCGUCGGUGGCUAGAAGCAGCUCGUCUGGCCAGAACACGAGCAAAAGAACAGUUACUAUAGAAGAUGCCGAGGACAAUGAGCAAUAG